AGGAGGAUGGAUUCAUUCAAAAGACAAGAUCUGCUACUGUGCGCCGUAAUCCACGCUCUCGUCCUCGCACCGCGUCUGGACUUUAUGGAUCUAUGAUCGAGUGUUGUUUGAGCAGCAGCAGCAGAUAACAGGACCACAUUUGGAGGACUUACAACGAGCGGACUUUGUAACAGGUUUAACCGGGACACGCUGCUCUCACUGCCUCCCCUCUACAUGUAGGGAAACUGGAUUAAUCUUUCUUCAUGCAACUUUUUUGGAAAGAAACUAAGAACACCUCACCGGGAAAUAACAAGACCAGCAACGGUGUCAGUUCCCUGCUCUCCCCUGUGACUGCAGGUGUCGCCUUCUCUCUCGGUCCCUGCGGGGAGAUGUACCAAGGCUUCCCCGGCGACCCCGACAGCGGAUCCCGUGAAAGCUCUUCUCCGUCAAUCGAGUCCCAGUGUCUUUCCUCCGUGGACUCCUUCGGGAGCCCGCCGACCUCCAGUGCUCCGCAGGAGUGUGUGUCAGUGGGAGCUGGCUUGAGCAUUGUGGGUAGCGGGCUAGGAGCCAGCGUUGGAGGGGAGAUGCCCGGUUCAUUUGUGCCCACUGUCACCGCCAUCACCACCAGCCAGGACCUGCAGUGGAUGGUGCAGCCGACCCUCAUCUCCUCCCAGGCCUCUGGACAGAGUGGGUCCACUGGCACUACAACCAUGACCCAGCCAGCGUCACUGGUUGACCCCUAUGACAUGCCAGGUCCCAGUUACUCUUCACAGUCUGGAUUCCCUCCAAGUUCAGACACUCCAGGCCCAGCCCCGGGCCCGAUCCGCCAGUCCAGAACCCGCAGCCGUCGCACGCGAGACGAGUCUGUGAGUGACGAUGGAGAUGUUGGUGUGUUACUCACACCUGAUGAGGAAGAGAAGAGGCGUGUUCGCCGAGAGAGAAACAAGCUGGCUGCUGCCAAAUGCAGAAAUCGCAGACGGGAACUCACAGACAGAUUGCAGUCGGAGACAGACAUUCUGGAGGAGGAGAAAGCAGAGCUGGAGGCUGAGAUCUCUGAGCUACAGAAGGAAAAGGAGCGCCUGGAGUUUGUCCUGGUGGCCCACCAGCCAAACUGUAAGAUCCCAUACCAGGACCAGCCCAUGCAGGCCUCAGCGCAGCUCCCUCCCGUCCAGUCCCAGAUGCCUCACCAGACUUUACAUCCUCCAGUUUCCAUUGUUGGCCUAGCUGUGAAGGAAGACACUUUCUUUCUGCCUCCUGCCUACACAGCACACCAAGCUGCUACACAGUCCCAGCCUCCAGUUCAGCAGCAGCAGCAGCAGCAGCAGCAGCAGCACGUCCAGCAGCAGCCUCAGCCAGGCAUAAUGCAGGAGGUAGAGUUUUCUAGUUCUUUCUAUGGCUCAAGUGAGCCAGCACCUGGUGGGCCAUGCCUUAUGGCCAGCGACAGUGGUGGUGGUAACCAUGACGGUGCGGCCAUUGGCAGCUACAACACCUCAUACACAUCUUCAUUUGUGUUCACCUACCCAGAGGGAGCCUGCGGGGUCAGUGCCAACCAGAGGAACAGCAGUAGCGAGCAGUCAUCUGAUUCCCUGAACUCGCCUUCGCUGCUGGCGCUCUGACUAACCGACAGACACAUGCGCACACAUAUCAACAAACAAAUACAAUAUACAUGCUGGAAGUAGAAGCUGAGGCAAAAAUAUACUGUAUAGUGCAGUGCCAAUCAGCCUCACAGAUUGAUAAAGAAAUUGUAUCUGAUUGGGUUUAAGUUCACACAUUCUGAAAUGCUUCCUUCCAGUUAGCUCGAACAAUCAGUACAGUCUGAUUUUGCAUUACUGGGAAGAAGUGAGUAAAAACUCAAGUUGCCAAUUUGAAGUGCUCCGGAUUAACAAAUUAAUUCAUACCCUCAAUCUCCAACAUGUACAGUUCGUUGAGUAAGAUUCCGUCAACUCACUUCACACUCCAACAAGCACCAGAGCCCCCGUCUUGUUCCCUCUGUCGGGUGCCCCGUUUUCCAGUGCUCUUGCUCUCAUCCUUUUCCAUCCCUUUCUCCCCUCUUCCUCUUGCUGAAUGUAUUUGUCCAAAUCCAAAAGAGGGAUGAAGGACACCUUGUUCAGGGUCUUUUCAUGUGGGAGACUGCUGACCGCUUACCUCUAACCCCUCAUCUGCUCGGCUUCUCCUCUGCUUCUUCAUUUGCUGCUUGGACUUGACAAGUCGGGGAUCUGACUGUCACAGCCUCCACUCAAUCCUGUGCUUUGUCACUUUGUUUUUUAAAAUUCUUCUGACGUGUGCCUACCUGCAAUGCGAACCAUCUCUACCCAUCUCCUUUGUUUCUCCUCUUCUUUCUCUGUGUUUCUCCCUGUCUCUGAAGUCUUCAACCCUUGAGAGCCCGAAGACCCCCACCAACCCUUGGGACCUUGAGUGAUUACCGGCCAAACUAACGCGCCCUUUUGCAACCUCUCAUGCAAGGACAUGGAUGAACCCCCCCCCCCCCCCAAUACAGAAGAACCUUUAUCUUGGAGUGCAUUGCUCAAAGAGGAUCCUUACAGUGCAGCAGCUAAAUACAAAAAAUGCACAUAGACUAAUAAUUGAUGAACCCAAAAUGCAAGACGGAUGCCACUGUCUUCUGCUGAGCCAUUUUUAUGACGUUCAAAAGAUGAAGAUAAGACUUAUCUGCUCUGAGGCAGGAAGAAAGUGAGAGCAAAUUUAGCAGGAAGGAGGAGCAAGCAAGCUCGACAGACUCAAAUGUAGAUGUGAUGGAUAAGCAUCCUUUUUUUUUUACUUUUUACCAAAAGCAAGAGCCAGAUUCUUAAAAAAAAAGCCAAAAAAAAGAAGAAAGAAAAGAACCCUUGCUCUUGCCAACUGUGUGGGAGGGUGACCUCAGUAAGAACACCUCCAUAACACAAAGCCUCAUCACCCUGGGCCUACAAGUGCAUAUUCACGCCAUCACGUUCAAGUCUCUGAACUGAAGAUACAGGCGUUUUGUGGCAUCGCACCAGCUGUGUGCGUUGCUCAGAACCCAUCAUAUGUGAACCAAUGCCUUUAUUUAGAGGAGAGAGCUUUUUUGUAGUGUUUGAGACAACCUCUACGCACUGGGUUCAGUGGUCUCUGUACCUCCCCUGUUCGCUCAGUGGAGAUGAGCUGGGGGUGCAUUUAUUGUGAGUGUGUCCACUCUGAGGCACCUGGCCUGUUUAUUUCUUUCUUUAUUGAGGUUGACGUGGUGAAAGAGCACAAAGCAUGACCUGAAAACAAAAGAGGAAAAACGUGGGCUGAUGCUGUGUAGUGAGCGUCCUUUCUUUGCCUGUGAAUUUGUACAAUUUUGUUGUUGUUUUUUCUGUACGUUAGAGUGAGAAUUGUUGUAUAUUUUAAUGUAUGUUUGUUUGUGUGUGUAAUUGUUUUGCCUCUGCUUUCUUAUGUAGGCCGACUGUUGCCAUUCCUUGUUCUUUUUACCUUUUUGUUUUGUUUUUAUGUUUUAUUAGGAGAUUUCCUGAUAACUGUUACUAUUAUUAUUGCAUUGUAACUAUUAUUUCAUUAUGUUAUUGUAUUAUUAUUUGGCAAUUUUGGAGGCAUGUUGUGCACUACAAAAAUAAUCUAAUUAUAAGUCUAUAUGCAUAUACAUAUAUACAGGUAACAUGUAUAUAUAAGUGUAUGUACCAUGAUUGUAACGUAUGAAUGUCUGCAGAAUCUAAAUGGGAUAUUUUUGUCAUUAAAGAAUGAGAUAAAACUUUAUUGAGGUUUAGUUUUGAAAAAAAAAAAAUAUUUUUGUAAGGGAACAAACAAGAAAGAAUAUAUAAAAUUUAAAGAAUGACCCUGUCCUUUAAGUAAAACCAAUAUCUCACUGCCUCUGUCAAUAUGUAUUUAUGUUUUAUAAACAAUAUAAAGCACUAUCUAGUUACAUUAAAUGUAUGUUUAUAAUAACGAUGUUUGAAGGUUGUGGUAACACCUUUGUUUUUGUUGGGUUUGUUGUUUUUGUUUAUACUCUUUCUCUGUGAGGUCUGUCCCAAAGCUACUGACACCUAAAUGCCACUUUGCAAAUACAAAAUGAGAGGAAAAAGAUAGUGUAAUUGAAGGUCAAUACACAUAUUAAAAGUGUUUAUGCUACCAAUUGAUGACUAAUCUGUUUCAUGUAGGGGACAAACUAUUUCCUACCCAGUAUGCAAUUCUAUCCAGUAUCAACAUAUCACUCAAUAAUAUUAUUUCCCAACUGUAAUGUGUCUUUUGAAGGAGAAAUGCAGCUUUAGUCUGUUGUUUUGUAAGUUGAUUUACAAAAGAAAAACAUAUUGUAGUUGUAUUUACUGUAUAAGAAGCUUUAUUUUCAAUAAAUAAACAUGUUUAUUUAAAGCAA